CCACGUGUUGGGGAGAUUUAAAAAGUUUGGGAAGGGAGAGAGGCAUGCCCAGACUGAAGGCUGGCAGGGAGGCAGAGCAGGACACAGCAUGGUCAGGGGAAACUUCUGCCACCAGCAGCCCCUCGCGGCCGCUCCGCUGCGCAGUGCGAGGAAGGCAGGGGACAGCAGCACCGCGCUGGGGUCUCCGCUGCUGCUGCUGCUGCUCCUCCUCGCCUCCUGGCUGUGUGCUUGCAAAGGUGCACCAAUGCCAUCCCAAGCACUACAAGCAGAUCAGGAUUUGCAGCUGUGGGAAGAGAUAGAUGAUGCAUGUUCUGCCUAUCUGUCCACAGAGUCUCAGCCUCAGGCAUCCAGUGCACUGGAAGAACUUUGCUUUUUGGUCAUGGGAUUUCUCCAGAAACCACAGGGUUUAGAUGAAAAAGACAACACCAAAAGGUUCUUAUUUCAUUAUUCUAAGACUCAUGACUCAGGCAACUCAGACAUCAUGUCGUCUGUCCUGCAUCCUUUGCUGCAACUCGUUCCCCAACUUAAUGAGAGAAGACUGAAGAGAUACAAAGUGGACGAGGAACUUCAAGGACCUGGAGGGAUUCAAAGUAGAGGCUACUUUUUCUUCAGGCCACGCAAUGGAAGGAGAUCAGUGGAUUUUCACUAAGGAGGAUUUUAGAUUCCUGAUCUAGAAAUGCUGCAGGAAUGCGGAGUACAUGGACAUACUGUUUUCCUUACAAAAAUUUUUCUUUACUAAUGUACGAUUCAAAAAUCACUAGAAUGUAAAUGUUCUUAAACUAGAUUCAGUUAAGAACUGAAAUGUUUCUUUACUUUCCUGAA